UCCAAGUCCAAGAAAAAAUGAUGAAGUUUCACAUGGUUUUAGUACUUGUAUAUUCAUUUCUCAUUGUAGCGAGUGGAAAUUAUGUAACAAAGUUUCAUGUCUAUGUUCAUGAAGUCGUAAGCGGGCCAAAUGCAACUUUGUACGAGGUGGCUCGGGCCAACAUCACGGGUGAUUCCCCGACGUCCUUCGGCCUAGUCAGAGUUGCCGACGACUUGAUGACGAGCGGGCCUGAUAUGGACACGGGGAAGUUGGGCCGAGCUCAGGGCCUCGUGGUUAAUUCGGGCCUCACAGAGUCAUCGACGAUGCUAACGUUGGAUUUUGUGUUCACGGCUGGAAAGUAUCGAGGAAGCACUAUCAUUGCGACGGGACGGAAACGGUUAACAAACGGCAAUCAAGAGCUUCCCAUCGUUGGUGGUACGGCUGCCUUCCGAUUGGCACGAGGAUACGUUAUUUCCAACUACACUUACAAUGCUAUUACUAAUACGGUUCUUUUCAUUUUUGAUUUCUCUAUUUAUCUCGACUAAACGAGGAGCUACUAAAUAAGGAAGUCUCUCAUGUAGACAUUCGCACGGUGAGGACUACUCAAAUAUUAUAUAAUAAGAUAUUUGUAAGUGUCAUUUGAAACACGUUAAUAGAACAAUUACAAAGAUCUUAUGUUAGAAUAUGUGAGAGGUCUGUAUCGUGCGGAUGGUCACUCAAGAUAAAUAUUUAUGCAAUAAAUAGGAUUCAAUUCAUGAGAACUUUCACCAAUAAGACUUUAAUCAAAGAAGCUCUUUUUUAUUUUGUAUUUUAUUAUCUUAAAGAAAAUUAAAGAACGUCUGUAUUGAUCA